CACGGACGCUUAUCAGAACCGUCCCGGCUGUGCAUGUGUCUUAUGUUGUGACAGAUUGAGGAGGUUAAUCUCCUCUACUGUACAGUUAUUAAUACAUUAAUACAACCUGUUCACCGGGCAGAAGGAGCUUCCAGUACAACAUGUCCAGCGAUACAAACGUGUGCGCGGCGGAGGUGGUUCUCGGUUUCCUGGAGGAGGCGGAGCCGUGGCGGCUUCGGUCCCCGCAGUUCCCCAGUAAAGUCGGGGGGAAGCCGGCGUGGCUUAGCCAGACAGGCCUGCCCUCACUGCCUGGCCUGGAGUGUGAGACCUGCCGCCUGCCCAUGGCCUUUCUGCUGCAGGUGUACGCGCCCAUUUCUGGUCAGGACAGGAGUUUCCACAGGUCACUCUUUCUGUUCUGCUGCAAAACCUCUGAGUGCUACGCACACAACGACAGCCGCUGUAUGAGAGUUUUCAGAAAUCAACUACCCAGGAGGAAUGAGUUCUAUCCUUACGACCCUCCACCAGAGGAUGAACCUCUCAGCGACCCUGCACCUGACCAGAGUGUAUUGCCCGUCUCUGGAGUUAAAUUGUGUUGGGUGUGUGGUUGCCCUGGCAACAAAGGCUGCUCCCGGUGUCACACUGUGACCUACUGUGGAAAACACCACCAGACCCUCCACUGGAAACAAACACACAAGCAGGAGUGUGGCAGCCAAGAAGUGUCCGUUGUCACAACGUCUACCCUUCUCUUCCCCGAGUCUGAGCUGGUCACUGAGCCUGAAGAAGAGGGGAAAGAGGACGACACAAAGGAGGUUGAAGGAGAAGAGGAAGUAGGCAGUGCUCAAAGGGGGGUAGAUUGUCCCUCUUUAGCAGACACACUGGCAGAGACCGACCUGGAGGAGAUGGCGAUGUGUGAGACCCAAGACAACAAAGUGUUUCAGAGGUUUAAAAAGAAGAUUGCACAAGAACCACACCAGGUGCUGCGUUACAGUCGAGGCGGUUCUCCCGUGUGGGUCUCUUCUCAGCACAUCCCUUCAGAUCAGGAUAUCCCACCAUGCACCUGUGGCGCCAAGAGGGCUUUUGAGUUGCAGGUGAUGCCCCAGCUGUUGAACAGUCUGUGUGUGGACUCGACAGGUGCCAGUAUCGACUGGGGUACGCUGGCCAUCUACACCUGCUCUGCCAGCUGUAGCCAUGACGACCAGUACUGCCAAGAGUUCAUCUGGAAGCAGGACUUCAGCCCCGAUCAACACACGCAGAUAAAACACUCGUGAUGGAUCUGACAGCUCAUACUGAGCAAAAAGGAAACUGGUUUUGUCACACUUGCAGUGAUGUCACUUCCCAUUUAGUUAACUGGACAUGUGCCGCAGCUCUCGUUACAUAACUGAUGAUACACACAGAUCAAAUGUGAAAUUCAGGUGACGGGGAUGAAACUCCUCCUGAGACUAUCAAGGAGAGGGAAGAUGUUUCCGGUCUGGAUUUGACCCAGAUGUAUCUCAUCAUUGGGAACAGUUGUAAAUGUAUUGUUCUGUGUCGGCACAUCAACCAUCACUUCAUUAAAAGUUCAGAUAUUCAAACAGGGA